CUCCGUAGCCCCUGGUAUUCCACCCUAGCCCCACACUUCUCCUCUCCCUUCCCUGCCUUAAGGAGUUCUCCAAGGCCCUUUCCCCAGGUCCCUUGCCACUCUACUCACCCCAGCACCCAGCGUGGAUACUUAUAUUGAUAUUUAUUUUCUCUACCCUGAGCCAGGCUUGUGUAACUAGGCUUGAGGAUGAAUCAGACCAUUGUGUGGGGUAUUUGCUUAUUUGAAUGGAACUUGGCCUCAGGCCCAUUUUCCUGGUUGAAAUUUUCAUUUGCAAAGUUUGUUUUGCAGAAGCCGCCAGGCCAAGGUGCGUGUUGGGGUGUUGUUGGUGGGGGCGGGGGGCAGCAAUUAAUUUGUCACCUAUCCUCCGGAGUUGCCCAAGCAUUGAUUCUUAUCCCGAGUUUCUCUUCUUCCCAACCCCCAGCACCAAACAAUUUACUGUCCAAGCCAAAAAAACAACAAAAGUUUAAAUAAUUCUUUUCGGCAGUCCUUUGGCAGGGAGAGCCCAGGGCUCCCUCCCCAAAUAGCCUUGAUUGUAAUUCUAAUAGCAAGUGUUCCUCCCUCUUCCAUCCCGCUUGAAUACCUCCGCCCCCAGGCAAAUUCCCCCCUUCCUGUGUGCUGGCCGGGGUGGGGACCUUGGCUGGGCCUGAUGGGGAGUUGGUGUGUUCGGGAGGUUUCCUGGUUGGAUUCUUCGGUGCGUUUUGGUGGGGCCUGAGGGUGUCGCUGGUGGGGCUGCAGGUGGGAGGGAAAAUGGUGGUUUAGACAGUCUCUGACAGGGAAGGGUUAACUACCCCCAUCUUAGGGUUUAUUUUAAUGCUAUGAAAAUGAAGAAGCCAAAACACUAGGAACUUCUUUUUUGAGGUCUUUUUAAGGUCUUUUCCUUAGGAUGUCCUCAUCCCUCCACCCUGGGUGUGUAAUUUUUUUAAAGCUCAAAUCCAGCUGCCCUGGAACUCUCCACAGAAGCUUGGAGUAAAAAGAAAAUGACCUGUGACUAGAUCCUUGGAGUGAGACUAGAUGCAGCUGCCGGGGCCCUGUCCCCCUGCACCAUCCCAGCACCACCCCAGUCUCCUCUCCUGUCUCUUCCCACCAGCUCAGGUACCAGACAGUGAUGAGCAGUUUGUUCCUGAUUUCCAUUCAGAAAACCUAGCUUUCCACAGCCCCACCACCAGGAUCAAGAAGGAGCCCCAGAGUCCCCGCACAGACCCGGCCCUGUCCUGCAGCAGGAAGCCGCCACUCCCCUACCACCAUGGCGAGCAGUGCCUUUACUCCAGUGCCUAUGACCCCCCCAGACAACUCGCCAUCAAGUCCCCUGCCCCUGGUGCCCUUGGACAGUCGCCCCUGCAGCCCUUUCCCCGGGCGGAGCAACGGAAUUUCCUGAGAUCCUCUGGGACCUCCCAACCCCACCCUGGCCAUGGGUACCUUGGGGAACGUAGCUCCGUCUUCCAGCAGCCCCUGGACAUUUGCCACUCCUUCACAUCUCAGGGAGGGGGCCGGGAACCCCUUCCAGCCCCCUACCAACACCAGCUGUCGGAGCCCUGCCCACCCUACCCCCAGCAGAGCUUUAAGCAAGAAUACCAUGAUCCCCUGUAUGAACAGGCGGGCCAGCCAGCUGUGGACCAGGGUGGGGUCAACGGGCACAGGUACCCAGGGGCGGGGGUGGUGAUCAAACAGGAACAGACGGACUUCGCCUACGACUCAGAUGUCACCGGGUGCGCAUCAAUGUACCUCCACACAGAGGGCUUCUCUGGGCCCUCUCCAGGUGACGGGGCCACGGAUCUGAGCAACCCCCAACUUCCUCUACAAGGCUAUGGCUAUGAGAAACCUCUGCGACCAUUCCCAGAUGAUGUCUGCGUUGUCCCUGAGAAGUUUGAAGGAGACAUCAAGCAGGAAGGGGUCAAUGCAUUUCGAGAGGGGCCACCCUACCAGCGCCGUGGUGCCCUACAGCUGUGGCAAUUUCUGGUGGCCCUGCUGGAUGACCCAACAAAUGCCCAUUUCAUUGCCUGGACAGGCCGGGGAAUGGAGUUCAAGCUCAUUGAGCCUGAGGAGGUCGCCAGGCUCUGGGGCAUCCAGAAGAACCGGCCAGCCAUGAAUUACGACAAGUUGAGCCGCUCGCUCCGAUACUAUUACGAGAAAGGCAUCAUGCAGAAGGUGGCUGGUGAGCGUUACGUGUACAAGUUUGUGUGCGAGCCCGAGGCCCUCUUCUCUUUGGCCUUCCCGGACAAUCAGCGUCCAGCUCUCAAGGCCGAGUUUGACCGGCCUGUCAGUGAGGAGGACACAGUCCCUUUGUCUCACUUGGAUGAGAGCCCCGCCUACCUCCCAGAGCUGGCUGGCCCUGCCCAGCCGUUUGGCCCCAAGGGUGGCUACUCAUACUAGCCCCCAGCGGCUGUUCCCCCUGCCGCAGGUGGGUGCUGCCCUGUGUACAUAUAGAUGAAUUUGGUGUUGGGGAAACCUUCAUCUGAAACCCAGAUGUCUCUGGGUCAGAUCUCCACUGUCCUACCAGUUGCCCUAGCCCAGACUCUGAGCUGCUCACCAGAGUCAUUGGGAAGGAAAAGUGGAGAAAUGGCAAGUCUAAAGGUAGAGUCUCAGAAACUCCCCUGGGGGUUUCACCUGGGCCCUGGAGGAAUUCAGCUCAUCUUCUUCCUAGGUCCAAGCUCCCCACACCUUUUCCCCAACCACAGAGAACAAGAGUUCUCUUCUGGGGGACAGAGAAGGCGCUUCCCAACUUUACACUGGCAGGAGGGUGAGGAGGUUCACUGAGCUCCCCAGAUCUCCCACUGCGGGGAGACAGAAGCCUGGACUCUGCCCCACGCUAUGGCCCUGGAGUGUCCCGGCUUGUCAGUUCUUGGUGCUCUGUGUUCCCAGAAGCAGGGGGAGGUUGAAGAAAGGAACCUGGGAUGGGGGGUGCUGGGUAGAAGCAGAGAGGGAUGGGUUCCUGCUCCAAGGGACCCUUUGCCUUUCUUCUGCCCUUUCCUAGGCUCAGGCCUGGGUUUCCACUUCCACCUCCACCACAUCUGCCAGACCUUAAUAAAGGCCCCCACUUCUCCCAUUA